AUGCCUUCCGUUCAGCCUUUGAUCUGCCUCGCGACCCUGGCCGGUGCCGCCCUGGUGUCUGCUGCCCCUGCGCCUUCCCGCGCCUCUGAGUUCGUCAAGCGCUCCAGCUGCACCUUCACCGAUGCCGCCACCGCCUCGGAGAGCAAGAAGUCUUGCUCUAGCAUCGUUCUGAAGGACAUCACCGUCCCUGCUGGUGAGACCCUGAACCUGAAGGACCUCGAGGACGGCACCACCGUCACCUUUGAGGGCACCACCACCUGGGAGUAUGAGGAGUGGUCCGGACCCCUCCUGUACAUCUCCGGCAACGACAUCACUGUCACCCAGGAAUCCGGCGCCGUUCUCGACGGCAACGGUGCCAAGUGGUGGGAUGGUGAGGGUACCAACGGCGGCAAGACCAAGCCCAAGUUCUUCUACGCCCACAGCCUCGAUAACUCCAAGAUCUCCGGUCUCCAGAUCAAGAACACCCCCGUCCAGGCCAUCUCCGUCGAGUCCGACAACCUCAUCAUUGAGGACGUUACCAUCGACAACAGCGAUGGUGACUCCGAGGGUGGUCACAACACUGAUGGUUUCGACAUCAGUGAGAGUACCUACAUCACCAUCACCGGUGCCACCGUGAAGAACCAGGACGACUGUGUCGCCAUCAACUCGGGUGAGAACAUCUACUUCUCCGGCGGUACCUGCUCCGGCGGUCACGGUCUGUCCAUCGGCUCCGUCGGUGGCCGUGACGACAACACCGUCAAGAACGUGACCUUCAUCGACUCCACCGUCUCUGACUCCGAGAACGGUGUCCGCAUCAAGACCGUCUACGACGCCACCGGUACCGUUGAGGACAUCACCUUCGAGAACAUCGAGAUCUCCGGCAUCUCCGACUACGGUAUCGUCAUCGAGCAGGACUACGAGAAUGGUGACCCCACCGGUACUCCCUCCAACGGUGUCACCAUCUCCGACGUCACCCUCAAGGAGAUCACUGGCUCUGUUGACUCCGACGCUGUUGAGAUCUACAUCCUCUGCGGUGACGGCAGCUGCUCUGACUGGACCAUGUCCGACAUUGACAUCACCGGCGGUGAGACCAGCAGCAAGUGCGAGAACGUUCCCUCCGGUGCUUCUUGCAGCGAGUAA